CCGACAACGAUCAGAACAAGGAAGGUGAGUGCAGUGGCUGUGGGCCGCUUUGCCUUUAACCUCCCCGGCGAUCCCCACGCUUAUAUUAAUCCGCGCAGCAAACGCUCUCCUCCGCCGUCUGCCGUCGUGCCCAGCGAGGUCAACGGCGCACUGACUGGCCUCGGCGUCGUGUGCAAAAGCCUCGACGACGCCCCGCGGUGGCGACGGCAUCGACUCGGAGACUGUCGCCUGUUAUCGAUCUCUACGCUCGACUUUCCUGAUUAGGCAGUCUUGCUGACACCGCUGAGAACAUUGCAGUCUGCAGGCGAUCGUGUUUGUUCUCGCGACCUGACAUAUCCUGCCAGAGGACUCUUGAUUCCAGGCAGACGGCGAUCCUUCACGCACACAACAGGCCACAGCCACUCGUACCACCUUUCACUGAACCUUCAGGAUGUUCCCUCCAGCCGGCCUGCCUCUCCCCGGCGAGCUGCUGCUCAUCACCGACGAACUCCCAUCCCCAGCCGACUUCCUCCUCCACAAGCUGCUCGCUGACCACUUGAAGCACGUGCGGGGAACCGGGGCGCAGACGAGAUGUCUCAUCCUUGCCACGCUCAAUGAUCCGACACGGUGGAAACAUAUCGCUGCGAAGUCGAACGUGAGCUUGGAUCAGCACACCGCUUCGCGGAGGCUGUCCUUCAUCGAUGUGCUCGGGCAGGUCCAGUCGAGCGCGACGCUGCGCCCGCUGUACGACUCUGUGCGAGCGCAGCUGAAAGCCGCCGCCCCGGACGAGGGACGUACCCUCGUUAUCCUGGACGACCUCUCGCCCCUAGAAUGGAUCGGAUACUCGACGAUCGAGCUAUCACGAUUCCUGCGCGCGCUGUCUGCAUCGUGUCGAGAGGCUAACGCUGCGCUCGUCAUGCGACACCACCUCAUAACGCCCGGCGACCCAGAUGAUCUGCUUCGACACCUUCUGCAGCUCGCUUCUUAUCACGUCGACGUGCGGCCCUUGUCUAGUGGGCGCAGCGGCGCAGUUUCCGGCGAGAUCGCCCUGCAUGCAGGAACGUGCUGUCCUCUGACGGCCCAAGUCAAAGUCGUCCCACGGAGCAGCGCGCUUCAGUACCGCUUGACGGACGCAGGCGCGACAUUUUUCAACAAGGGCACCAGCGCUGGCGUUCUAUGAACGUGCACCCCGUGCUGUACUCCACUUACAAUCUUCAGAGCACAUGUCUCGUGCUCCGUUCUGUGCGGUAAACGCUGUCGCACUCAUGAGACACGCGUCAGUGAGUUCUUGGUCACGGAGAGCUUGCAAGAAGCAGGAUCCAGACCGAGCAGUCACGUAGAUCGGAAACGAUGGGGCUUGUCGCGCGUUUCUCAAAUUGUGGGAUGAAGGCACAUCUCAGGCAGGGUCAGAUGAGGUAGCUAUAGACACGGAGCUUAGGGCGUGUCUCGCCUUCUCCGAUGGAGAGGGUCUGCACAUGUAUUAAUGCCAGUUGAUGACCUAGCUGUACAAUGGCACGGUGCGCCCAUAGAGUCGCAUGAAAUCUAGUUAUAUCAAUAUUGUAUAGCGCAGAUUAGUGGUUGGAUUUAUACAUGCGAAUUGAGGAUC